UGUAAAAACCAGCAACAAAUGUUUCAAUGGCGGGUCAGGUGGUCGAACGGGAUAUUAAUGAUAUUUUUGACGACAUUGCACUUGUAGAAAACAAUAUAGCUAAUAAAAGUUAUCAUGUUGGUUUUGAAGAAGGACUAACUGAGGGAACUAAAGAAGGACAUGCUUUGGGUUAUGCUCACGGUAUUGCGCUAGGUGAAGAGAUUGGUGACAUGUACGGAUUUGUUGUGGCACAACUACAAUUUCAACAUACUUCUAAAAUUAAACGCAGCUUGGAGCAUUUGCGACAUGCAAUUGAUGAUUUUAUAAGUAACAUCGAUGUAAACAUAGACAAUAAAACUGCUUUGGAACAAAUUCGUGUACAAUUUAGGAGAUUACAGGUUAUGUCAGAAAUUAAAAGUGAUUGUAAAAUAGAUAAAAAUACAGUGGAUAUUCGAAAAGAUCUUUCUUUUUGAUAUAUACCAUAUACAAAAUAAACA